AUGGGAGAAGCAAUUGAACCGAAAAAGUUAAUUGCAGUCGUGAAUGCUUUUGCUAUAAUGACAAGCGAAUUCUUGAACCAUUUCUGCACCGAAGCUCAUAAUAAACUGAGUCAAGUGAAUCAUCAAAUUGAAAAAAUAGAAGCUUUAGCCGCAAUUCUUGAGUAUUCUUUAUUAAAUAAUCAGAAAUUAGGAUAAUUCUUUAUUUAAUAGCUCUAAAUCAGUCAAAAAACAGCAUAUAAACUGAACUACAUUCCAGCUGAACAACUUCAACCACCUCCAAAGCCUGUGGAACCAGGUGUACCAGCACAACAAGAAGAGCAACAGCCACAAAAAGAAGAAGUUCCUGAAAAUUUGAAGAAAUAUGUAAGAAUGGUCGAUGUUGGUGUCCCAAGGCCUGCAGUUAAGCACAAAAUGACUGCAGAUGGUGAAGACCCAGCUCUUUUAGAUGUAAGUUUUACUUUAGAAAUAUUCCCCACCUAUUGACUAA